AUGGUCUUUGAAUGGGAACAGGAAAACAACACCACUGUGACUCGUUUCAUUAUCUUGGGACUUUGUAGAAACCCACUGUGUCAGAUGCUGCUUUUCCUGAUGUGUUUCAUUCUUUAUACAUUCACCCUGCUUGGAAAUAGCCUCAUCCUGCUCAUCACAAUGACUGAACCAGCUCUUCACAGUGCCAUGUAUUUCUUCCUGGGGAACUUGUCCUUCCUGGAGAUCUGCUACAGCUCAGUUACCCUCCCCAAGAUGCUGGCUGUCUUCCUCACUGGCGAUAACACCAUUUCCUUCAUGGGCUGUGCAGCCCAAAUGUACUUUUUCCUCCUUUUGGGCUCUGCUGAGUGCUAUCUCUUGGCUGCCAUGGCAUAUGACCGCUAUGUGGCCAUAUGUUACCCACUGCGAUAUACACAAAUUAUGGAUAGGAGGUCUUGCAUCUGGCUGGUAGUUAGUUCAUGGCUGAGUGGGAUCCCUGUUGCUUUCACUCAAACUAGCUUGGUCUUUACCUCACUAUUCUGUGGCCCUAAUGAAGUUGACCAUUUCUUCUGUGACCUGGCUCCAGUGCAGGGACUAAUUUGUACUGAUAUAUCCCAAAAUGAAAUUUCCAACAUGGUGAUUACCAUAGUCUUCCUUGCCACUCCAUUCACCUUAAUCCUUGUCUCCUACUUCCACAUCAUAUCCACUAUCCUGCAGAUGCCCUCUGCAAACAGUAGCCAUAAAGCUUUUUCUACUUGUUCCUCACACCUUGUGGCUGUGACACUCUUCUACGGCUCUGGCAUUGUGAUGUAUUUACACCCCAGAUCCAGCCACGCUUUGGAGCAUGGCAAGGUUGUAUCCCUCUUCUAUACUGUGGUUACUCCCUGCCUAAACCCUAUCAUAUACAGCCUUAGAAACAAAGAGAUAAAAGAGGCCUUGAGGAGGAGGAUGGCCAGAAAAAGGACUUCUCAGGUGGCAUAA